AUGUCUAUGGCCAACCGCACUACAGUGACCAAGUUCAUUCUCCUGGGAUUCCCUAGCCAGCCUGUGAUCCAGGUUAUCCUCUUUCUGGUGUUCUCCACAAUGUACAGCAUGGUUCUUUUGGGGAACAUUGGGUUGAUGGUGCUGAUCAGAUCCAAUUCCCACCUCCAGACUCCUAUGUACUUUUUCCUUAGUAACUUGUCUUUUGUGGAUCUCUGCUAUUGCUCCGUGAUUGUUCCGAAGAUGCUGGUCAACUUCUUAUCAGAGAGGAAGACUAUUUCUUAUGCUGGCUGUGGGCUACAGUUUUACUUCUUCUGCACCUUUGCUGACACAGAGUCAUUUAUCUUAGCCACCAUGGCAUAUGACCGAUAUGUGGCCAUUUGUAACCCACUGCUCUAUACAGUUACCAUGUCACAGAAAGUGUGUGUCAUGCUAGUGUUGCUGUCCUACCUAGGAGGCACCCUAAGUGCACUGGUCCACACUUGUUUUGCAUUCAGGCUCUCCUUCUGUGGCCCCAACAUAAUAAAUCACUUCUUCUGUGACCUCCCACUGCUCCUCAAGCUCUCAUGCUCUGACACAACCCUCAAUGAGCUCCUGCUGUACACCUAUGGCAGCUCUGUGGAAAUAAUCUCCUCUAUCAUUAUCAUCAUCUCCUACAUUUUCAUAAUCAUAUCAGUCCUGAAGAUGCGCUCUAUGGCAGCCAGACGCAAAACAUUCUCUACUUGUGCCUCCCACUUGUCAUCGGUCAUCAUUUAUGAAGGGACUUUGCUCUUUAUAUAUUCCCGACCCAGCUCUUGGUAUUCACCCAAUUCAGAUAAAUAUAUAUCUGUCUUCUACACCAUUGUGGUUCCUGUACUAAACCCGCUAAUCUACAGCCUGAGGAACAAGGAUGUGAAGGAUGCCCUGAGGAAAGCUAUAGAGAAGAAACUGAUACAUGAGACACAGGCUUGCUGUAGCAUGCUAGUUAAUAUGAUCCAGCAGACUUGA